AUGGAAGACCAAAGAAUAAACUUAAUGCUGGAGUCUUUGUAUCAGAUAGAAGACAUGAUGGCCUCCAAGGUGACUUCAAGCGAUAUUGAAGAAGUAAGAGGUGCGGUGGCUGUAGUGAAAGCAUACAACUAUAGGGAAUUUAGGGAAAUAAGGACCUUAAGUGGAAUUGAAGGACUAAACAAUCUGGGAAGACAAUACGUGCUUAACAAGCAGAUCCACGGAAAGAGUGGGUCCUUUCUGUUUUUCACAAAGGACCUCAAGUUUAUUGUGAAGACUAUAAGGAAAAAUGAGUUCUACUGUAUCAGGAGGAUGAUAGAGGAAUAUAGGACGUACAUCCUUCAGAACCCAAUGUCCUUUUUGUGCAGGAUACUUGGAUGCUACAGCAUAUGGACGGGAGAUGGCGAGGAGUACUUCAUAGUAAUGGAAAGCAUGAUGAAGGGAUUCGGGAUGCAGGAGAUCUACGAUCUCAAGGGGAUGUCUGUAAAUAGAAAGGGGCAUUCCAUCUCCAGCCUAAAGGAAAUGGACUGGAUUGAAAAUAGUAAGAGAAUAGAUCUUAAAGGUAAGAAGGAGGUAGUUAUAUCCCAGAUAAAAAACGACGUACAAUUUCUAAAAAGACAUAGGAUCAUGGAUUACAGCUUCUUUGUAUCCUUUGGGACUGAGGGAGAAGAAAGGCUUGGCUCAUUUUCCUUAUCCAAGGAUCAUGGUCGUACGUCUGAGAAUGAAUGUGUGUACUUUGGAAUAGUAGACAUUCUUACACAAUGGACCUUUUCAAAGAGGAUGGAGAGGCUGCUUCAUAUACUCUGCUGUAAAUCGAACAGCUCCUGCCUGAAUCCUGAUGCAUACAUGGAUAGAUUUUUGACUAUGAUUGAGACAGACAUUUUCAAGUGA